ACAAACAAGGACAAAAUGUUGUUCUCUGGAUCUUGUGCGUUUUUUCUUUUACUCUUAAAAUACCAGUUUAGUGUGUCUAUAGCUAGUGAACCAAUGUGUUCAAAAUUUGCUUAUGAUGAGCAACUUUUAGAGAAAAUGAUAAGGCAGGAAAUAAAAGUAGAAAUGAUGCAGAAUGAUAUAAAGAAAACCCAAGAAGCUGUUUCCAUAACGCUGGAGGAAAUAAAGAAAACUAGUGUAGAGGUGUCCAAAACAUUGGAGUCCUUGCAGAACAAUGCCACGGAGGUGAUAAAAGGAAUCAUCCGCGACAAAGAAAAAAACGAAGAAAACAUGAAAAAGCCUUCCGUUGCAUUCUUUGCACACAAUGUGCCAGAUCUAAAGCUUGACAGAACAGACAAAAUCAUCAUAUUUACCACAGCAACGACCAAUGAAGGAUCAGGAUAUGACAUUUCCACUGGGAUCUUCACAGCACCUGUCGGGGGAUUGUACCAAUUUAUUGUUAAUUAUUGUACAUACCUCAAGCAACAUUCACCUCUUGGUUUGGUGCUUUCUGGAAACGUGAUUGCUCGGUCGUCAAAUUACGAUGGAGACUACUAUACUUGCAGUUCCUUUUCGGCAGUUAUAAGAGUGAAAUCGUCAGAGAAAGUAUGGGUUAAAUGUUUGUCUUGUGGUUCCAGUCGUAAUUUAUUUAAAAAUGGUUGGAUGAUGAACUCCUUCAGCGGAAUUCUGAUAAACAAAUAAAGUAUUUAUUACCAAUAUAUCCAUAUCACAUAGCAAACUGUUUGAAUACAGUACAACUUUACUGAAUUGAAAAUUUAAAAUCUUAAAAUUGAGAUACAUGAUAAAGUUCUUUACUCACAACUUAUUGCUAACCGAGAUAUCGUUUGUGUUUCGGACAAGAUAGUUCAGCGAGAAGGGUCUGGGAUAUUUCUUGUAAAUCACUGAUGGCAUUGUUUUGCAUUUUCAAAAUAAAUACAAGGUUAAUAUAUCUUCAAUGUAUUUAACUUAUACGUCAUAUUACAAUGUAGAUUUCUAUAAUUAAAUAAAUAACAUUUAUGCAGUUUUCUAUGCAUUUAUGUAAAUAACAUUUGCUAAUUCAAAACAAUGGCAAUGGAAAAAUAAUUGUUUGUAAUCAAUACAAUAUCUGCAAUACUGUUUAAUAUUCUCAUAUUUUUCAGUAGUUAUGUUUAACACAAUAAUGCGUGAUAUAAUUGUGAAAUUUCAUUAUACGAGCUCGUAUUUUCAUUAAAUAUGAUAAGCCGAAAUGAAUUUAUGAUCAAUUAUGUUAGAAUAGUGUUUUUCUUGAUCAGGGCAUACUUUUUGUAUAAUAUAUAUCGCAAUAAAUUGUAGAAGCUUUUCUCGCAAACUUUCAAUAGUGUUGUUGUUUCUUUGGUUUAGUAGAAAGAUAAUUAGAAUAUACAAGAUUCGUGUUACUUAUUGUUAGUUUUACCUUACAGUUUAUGAUUAAUGUGUCUGAGCUAACAAUUGAAACCUAAAGGUCCUUAUACCAUUAUUGGUGUGUG